AUGAAACUUUCUCUUGUGUCUCUUGCAGCCUUUUCUUUUUCCCUUGUCUCUGCACAAAUCCCCUCUUGUGCCUACUCUUGUCUUGGUCAGUUCCAACAAGAUGCUUCAUCCACUGGUUGCGGUGCUUACACCCAGCAAAACUAUCCUUGCUUUUGUGCUCACCGUGGUAACUUUGGCAACUCUAUGAAUUGUGUUCGUGGUGCAUGCCCUCCUAAUGAAGCUAACCAGGCCAUUAGUGUCAUGCUUGGUCGGUGUUAA